UUCAGGAAACCCCAUGAUGUAAUCGCGUCCCCUCCGCGCGGAAGCUGGAAUAAAAGCUUUCAAUUAAGUACAACUCGCUUUUAUCUGACUCCCAAAAUGUUAGAUCCGCUGACGUUUGUGCUUGAGAAGGUACUUCUGUUUGCCAGAUUGAGUGUUUUUCAUUGCAUUUCGUCCGGCGAUGACACGCGUACCGCCAACUGCUGCGAAGGAUCUAAGUUCCACAGAGGGGAUCUGCUGGAGGUGCCCCGCACGCUUUUUAUCCACUUUGGCAUCUACCUUGGGGACAACAAAGUUGCGCAUUUAAUGCCCGAUAUUAUGCCACUGAUCACAAACGACAAGAGUCAAGUCCAGAGGACCGUCACAAAUAAGAGAUUACUCUUAGGGGUGCUGGCUAAGAAUGCCACCGUACGGGUUGACACGGUAGAGGACUUUGCUUACGGAUCGCCUGUUUUAUUAAACGCUAUGGACAAUGCGUUAAAGACGCGACCAUUGCCUAACGAAGAGGUUGCGCGACGGGCAGAAAAGCUGGUCGGGGCCAUACCUUACAGUUUGCUGUGGAGCAACUGCGAGCAUUUCGCCACUUACUGCAGAUACGGGUCAGCCUUCAGCUUCCAGACCGAGAAGUUCUGUGAAAGUCUGAAGUCUGUAAUACGGGACCAAAGAAGCAUCUUCCUGUCCGCUCUCGUCGGAGUGAUGUCCAUUAUCUACCUGGGCAUUGCCCCUUCCACAACGUUACCCACAAUCCUCGUGCCGUUCUUCCUUUGGAUGGCAGGCUGAUGGACAGCAGUGACAUGACAGAACUACUUUUGCCAUGAAAAUGUAUACGUGUAACAAAAAGACUGCCUUGAGAGUUUAGUAUAUGCUUAUGCAAGCUUUCUGGAAUGUUUUAUACACAUUUAAACUUACUGUGUAAGUCCAAAUGAUCUGCUGUUACCAAUGUAAAUCUGAAAUAAUCUUUUAUCGGAAAUAAAUUAGGCACUGCCCAUAAGACAUCUGUAUCUUCUCUGUUACACUCCAAGAGUAUUGACAUAGAAAUGAAUUAUUUUUAUACAAUUGUGACAAUUUGUGUUUCACAAUAGAUUUUUGUUGCACAACUGUUACAAUGUGUAAUGUAUCUAUAUGUCUUCUUAAAUUUUAAUCAUCGAAGACUUUGAAUUAAAUAUUU